AUGCGAUCGAUACCCGAUUUCAUUGAUCUUGUCGUCAAAGUCAACUCACAUCCCGCGCGCGCAUUUAUCGAUACUGGUAGUACAGUUAACAUCAUUUCUCAACGACUGGCCAGUCAAUUAAAACUACCUAUCGAUACCCAUCACCCUAUCAAUAUACUUCAAGUUGACGGCAAUAUCAAAAGUAUUGGUCGCGUAUCUACUCAACUCUCAAUGGGAUCACAAACACAUUUAAUUACAUUUCACGUACUGGCUAAUUUCCGGUACCCGCUCUUACUUGGACUUGAUGUUGGUAAACGUUUUGGUUUAACUGUAGACCUAAGCACUCGUAAAGUUACCGCUCGCAUUGAACAGGUAAAGCCUAGCAUUCUAAACAUAGAAACAAGAGAAGACAUUACGCUAAAGAAACUACUCGCAAGACAUAGACAAGUUUUCGCACAACAUGACACAGACAUUGGACGAAUUCAAGUUGUCAAACACAAGAUUAUUACGGUUCCGCAUCCACCAAUUCAACUACGUCCUUACCGCCGACCUCAACAUGAAUACGACGAGAUUGUAAAAAUUAUACGAGAGGCGGAGGCCAAAGACUCGUACGCAAAAGCAAAGACAGCCAAUGGGCAUUCCCAGUUACUAUGGUACCAAAGAAAGACGGUGGACAACGCUUAUGCAUAG